UCGAAAAACAACACACACCCGAAAUCAACACCAGCAUGACCUCCAUAGAAGAUACCCGCGCCUCCCUCCAAGCUCAAAUUUUAAAAGCCGAGCAGCACCUCCUCCAGCUAAAGCAGCAACUCGCUGAGAUCGACCACCAAGCCUCCCAAGGUAACACAGACACCGCAACGUCAUCUUCUAGUGCGGCUACGACGACUGAAAGUUCGGAUUUCAACAAUCGCGUUCGAGAGGAUUUUUGGAAGCGCAAGUGGCCUUUGCAGCAGGAUGAGUAUCGGCGCUAUGGGCGACAGAUGAUCGUUGAACAGAUUGGUUUGCAAGGGCAACUCAAGCUUCGGAAUGCGGCAGUUCUCAUCGUCGGCGCAGGCGGCCUUGGAUGUCCUGCAGCGAUGUACCUUGCCGGUGCCGGCGUGGGCACCCUUGGAAUCAUCGACGGGGAUACGGUUGAAGCUUCGAACCUGCACCGACAGAUUCUACAUCGGACCAAAAAUGCCGGAAAAUAUAAGGUGGAUAGCGCAGUUGAAUAUUUAGAAGAACUAAAUCCGCAUCCCAAGUAUAUUCCCUACCGGACCCGCCUAACACCGUACGAAGCUCCAGAUAUUUUCGAAAAGUACGAUGUUAUCUUGGACUGUACGGAUAAUCCGGCCACAAGAUACUUAAUCUCCGACACGGCUGUGCUGCUCGGAAAGCCAGUAGUAUCUGCGUCGGCCCUUCGGACUGAGGGCCAGUUGAUGAUCCUAAACUACCCUCCGAGGUCACCGGGAGAUAUAUCAGGAGGCUCAUGCUAUCGCUGCGUUUUUCCCAAGCCUCCGCCCGUGGAUUCCGUCAUAAGCUGCGCAGAUGGAGGAAUCAUGGGGCCCGUUGUGGGGCUCAUGGGUGUGAUGCAGGCUCUGGAAACGAUUCGAGUCAUCGCUUCGCCUAUGACGGCCGAAACGGGUGAACAAUCAAUCGUUCCAUCUCUUCACCUCUUCUCUGCAUACUCGACGCCGCCGUUUCGCAAUAUUCGACUACGCAAGCGUAGGGCAAACUGCAGUGUCUGCUCCGCAAACCCGUCCAUCACCCUCGAGUCGUUACGCAGUGGCUCGACGGACUAUGUUCAGUUCUGUGGCUCUUUGAACCCGCCCUCCAUUCUCGACAGUAACCAGCGCAUUACACCAACGGAAUACAUCCAGGCCCAACUGACUAGAACGUCUUGCAAGGAAACGGUAGAGGAGCCAAUCCUUAUCGAUGUGCGAGAGAAGGUGCAAUACGAUAUAUGUGCCCUUCCAAAUAGCAUCAACAUACCGAUCUCGCAGAUAUUAUCAUCUUCCAGCCUUACCAGUACGCAAAACCUCGGGAAGCAAUCCGCCGAUCAGCCUUCCUGGCUUCCAGUGUCAAUAUUUAACUCUUCCGAUGCAGUGUACAUUGUGUGCCGACAAGGAAAUGAUUCUCAAGUUGCAGUUCAGAAAUUAAGGGAAUUGGGUAUCGAUCGAAACGGAGAAAGGACUAUUGCUGAUAUGAAAGGUGGACUCAAGGCGUGGAGACGCGACGUUGAACCGGAUCUUCCGGACUAUUGACUUAUGUUCGGCCUGCGACCAAGGAAGUUACCAGAGACCAUUAAAUUAGCCUUUCCGCGGCAUUUAUAUUGUAUGCCACUUCGAUCAUAUCCUAGUCGUGUGGCACUUUAACAGGGGCCUUUUCCAGCCAAGCCCAUUCCACAUCAACUCUGCCUUGUUCAACCAGGGCAAGUUUCUCAAACACGCUCACGGACACGUCGAUGUCCGUUGGUUCGCAAGCAACACCUGUGAAGCGUAGUCAGCAACGAUGCGCAACACGUACAAAAGAGAAGAAAUGAACCAAUGUCACGAUGAAAGUGGUCGUACAUCUAUCAACAACAGUCACGUCGACGCUCUUGUCACCCCGUCUGAGUCGAAGCUUCAACCCACAAAGUGGGUUUUGGUUCGGGUCUGACCCUGUACUUGCGGCGUCGUACAAGAUCCGCGAGACAGCACAGACAUUCUCGGAGGCAGCGCUGGUUAUGCCACAAGCUCCUAGGCCCGGCUCAUAGUACGUGAGAUCCCCGGAGUAGGGGCCACCAUUAUCGAGGGGUAGAGGCAGGUUCGAGCUUUUCCUAUACGAAUCCAUUUAGCCUUCUGUUAUCCAAUGAAGGCAAGCAAUGCCAGCAAAUCAAGUCGAGAAAACGCGGGAUGACGAAGCUCACUUUUUCUUCGACAAGCCCACUGCUAAGCCAAUUAUCAAGACCAAGAGCACAAGAGCAGCAGCUAUUCCGCAAAAGAAUAAUCUUUGUUUCUUCUUG